AUGUCCAAUUCGCUGCUGUGGAAAGAUUUGGACCUUGCAUCGACUGAGCACUAUGUGUCGUUGAAGGAUGCACAAUCACGGUGGGACUGGUUGAGAGACAGGUUCUCAAAGGAACUUGGAAAUGACGAGGAUCGGGUGAAGAUCCUCGUGGAUCUUUUCUAUUACACCCUGCAGUUUGGGAUAGACAAGUCAUUCACGUAUGACAAGCUCUCUGCCUUGCUCUCAAUCAUCAAACAAUCGCAUGAAGAAUCCAUGAAUCAGUUUCUGCCUGCCACCACAAGCUUCGAAAACUUCAAAGAUCUGCUCAUCCGUCACUGUGUCAACCGUCCACCAUACAGUGUGGGACUGUUCACUAUGCAGGAUUCUGCCAUGAUAACGGAUUUCGUUUCCAAGGGCUAUUAUCGGCACUACAUGCUUUACAAAUAUGCUUUCACGAAGAAGACAGAACUAAGUUUCUCUACCUACUACACUUACACCAAGAAUCCUAUCGACGAUCUACCAGCCGGAUUCUUGCAGCCCCUCAAGCUUGCGCAGGAAGAGAACGAGAAGCUCAAGAAGUCUGAGGAAGAGGCGAGCAGAAACGGCACAGAAGAUGAGAAAAAAGUCGGCUGA